GAACUGGUGCAGGAUGCUGCUUCAGCGCGUCGCCCCGCUGUGGAUAGCAAGCGCCUCUCGUGAACACCUGGAUGUCAUUCGAGGCAUGCCUGCGCUGCGCUAUUUGGCCGUUUGGCCGUUAAAUUACAACAUGGACGCCCCGGACCUGCCGCCGCAACUGCAGGAGCUGCGAGUAACGAACGUUCCCGCGCAACACCUUCAGUCGGUGCAGCAAAUGCCGAAUCUGCGGAAGCUUGUCUUGCAUUGCAACACCCCACUGGACGUGACGUUCACCCCGCUGCCUCCGGGCCACCGCGGCCUGCAGUGGCUCGGGGUGGGUCUCAGGCCAUUCUCCACAGUGCUGUCGCUGGCCAAGGCCCACGCCGCCACGCUGCAGGAGCUGAGAAUCUUGUGCGUCUCGGAGAGGGACUCGGAGUGGCACUUCGCGGACCUGGCCGAGGGGCUGCGCCAGUGCGGGCUGGUGGCACUGCGGCGCCUCGUGCUGGUGCGGGAACCAGGCCUACCUAUAAAGCAGCUGACCCACGGCAAAAUCUCGUGCAAGAAGCAGAAGCGCGCAGUCUGGGACGCGCUGCUCGCAGCGGACUCGGAGAGGGUGGUGAAAGUCCUGUGCCAGGCCUGUGACGAGUGCCCCGCCUAUCCCAACCUGGGGGACUUCACUUGGAGAGACUAAUAACAUGGAUCGAGUGUUAAAAAGUGACUGAGUAUUAAGAAAGGUGGAGUCUGUAGAGUGAUUGAGAAUUUAUAUUUGCUAAAAGCCCUGUAUCGUUGUAAAGCUUUUUUAAGUCGUUUGCUUCCUGAUCCUGAGGCAGGUGUUUGUUGUACUUCAAUCAUUACGCCGAAAAUCAGACUUAAUUGCAUAAACGUCCAUCUUGCAUUUUGAAAAUUGUGACUUGUUACUUUAGUUCUCUGAGUCGUUUCUAUAAUUCAGGUUCUUAAUUGAAGACAUGUUAACAUUAAUUGCAGUACAGACGCCCACGUUCUGUUAAUAAACUGCGCGCGCAAGAUAAAGUAGAAUAAA